CUGCAUGAAUGUCUGUGCAUAAAUGUGGCAGGUGCAGGGGCCAGAAGUGGGUGUUGGGAACUGGAGCUACAGAAGACUGUGAGCUGCCAUGAAGGCGUUCUUACCAAAGAGCAAUCCUCCACCACCACCCGUUUUAUAUUGCACUUAAAUACAUGUAUUUGGGCUCCUUUGGUCCACGAUCCGGCCGCCAAUACGUGCCCCACCUUGCCAGUACUUGGCCAUUCUGCUGUUUGGCUUCAGGAGCCAGAGUCCAGCCUGGUUCAGACCUGAUGAGGCUCCGCUAGGCACAUCUUGGCGACCUGUGUUGUAUACCCGCUGUGCACUCCCACUCCCAGGCCCGGAACUAGGCGAUUAACCACCUCGGACUAGUGGAAAGACUGGGGACUUGCAGACAGUAAAUCUGAAAGGACUCGAAAGGUGAGGCUGCGAGGCGGGGCGUCCCCUAGCUUCGGCCAGGCCACGCCCACACUGCCACCCUCCUACUUAGUGGAAAGGGCGGCACCCGACUCCAGCCUCGCCCCCCGACGUCACGACCAAUGCCAAGGGGCGGGCUUGACUCUCUGCGGAAGAGCGAGGCUAGACCCAGGCCCAAGUGGAGCUCUCUGGGACCGCAGGGGACUAGCAGGAUGGGCAGCAGCUCGCUGUCAGAGGACUACCGCCUGUGCCUGGAGCGCGAGCUGCGGCGCGGCCGGGCGGGCGUGUGCGGCGACCCCUCGCUGCGCGCGGUGCUCUGGCAGAUUCUGGUGGAGGACUUCGACCUGCACGGGGCGCUACAAGACGACGCGCUGGCGCUGUUCACCGACGGCCUGUGGGGCCGCGCUGACCUGGCGCCUGCCCUCCGGGACCUGGCCCGCGCCUUCGAGCUCCUGGAGCUGGCUGCUGUGCACCUGUACCUGCUGCCCUGGAGAAAGGAAUUCACCACCAUCAAGACCUUCUCAGGGGGUUACGUGCAUGUGCUAAAGGGCGUGCUCUCGGAGGAGCUGCUGACUCGAAGCUUCCAGAAGAUGGGCUACGUGCGCAGGGACAGCCACCGCCUCAUGGUGACGACGCCACCCCCUGCCUGCCAGCUGAUACAGGUGGCCCUCGGCUGCUUUGCCCUUCGGCUGGAGUGUGAAAUCCUAGGUGAGGUGCUGAGCCAGCUGGGCACAAGCGUGCUGCCGGCUGACGAGCUGCUCCGAGCUCGGCGGGCUAGCGGGGACGUAGCUUCCUGUGUUGCCUGGCUGCAGCAGCGCCUGGCCCAGGAGGAGGAGCCACCACCCCUACCCCCUCGGGGCACACCUGCUGCCUAUGGGCCCCCAGUGGACCUGUAUCAGGACCUGCAGGAGGAUGAGAGCUCAGAAGCCAGCCUGUAUGGUGAGCCUUCCCCAGGGCUGGACUCGCCCCCUGUGGAACUGGCAUACAGGCCACCACUCUGGGAGCAGAGUGCCAAACUCUGGGGUUCUGGGGACCAGACCUGGGAACCCCCAGCUGAUGACAUGCAUCGGGCCAGUAGCCCACCAUAUGGGGCUCUGGAAGAGGAGCUGGAGCCAGAACCCUCCGCUUUCUCCUUCCUCUCUCUGCGCCGUGAGCUGAGUCGGUCAGGGGACUUAGCUCCCCCCGAAGCCCCUGGGAGCCCUGGGCAAGCUAGCCCCCGGCACAGGCAGGCAGAAGGAGCAGCCUCAGCCUAUGGGCCUGUUGUUGAGCCUCUGGGCUACCAGGCACACAGCUGCUUGAGCCCUGGCAACCUGCCCACCCUCUGCUGUGACACUUGCCGCCAGCUACACGCCACCCACUGCACUGCCCUGUCUGCCUGCCGCCCGACACAUUCACUGCGCAUACUUCUUGGUGACAACCAGAGACGCCUGUGGCUACAGCGACCUCAGGUGGAUACCCUGCUUUAUGACAGUCCUGGGGCCCAUCCCUAGGCCCAGCUGGACCCCAAGAGUUUUGGGGUGACAGUUUCCAUGGUGCUUCUUUUGGAAACAGGCCUAGGCCACUAGCUGCCCUGGCCCUCCUGUUCCCCAGGGGAGUCCAGGACCUACAGUUGGAAGAGGGCACAGCCUUGAUGGAAAGCUCCUCACUGACAUGCCCAUGUCCCGGCCCUGGCUGCAGCAGGCCCUGAGCUGAUCACCAUGUCCCUGUCCUAUGCCCAGACGUGCUGGGUAGGGAAGUCCAGGUUAUCCAUGUUACAGUACCCAAACUCAUUCCAACAAGCCCCCCCCCCGAAGUCUAUGGUUCAGGAUACGGCCCCUCUCUCUGUGCUGAGAAGUCCUCACCCAGCAGUUUGCUCAAGAGGUUGCAGAUGGCACUGUAAGACAGUGAGUUGGCUUUGGGCCAUAUGGGAAGGUCUGAAAGGGCUGACUUAGGUAUAAGGAUCCCUGUUCACCAUUGCUGUUAGCAAGGAGGUGGAGAGCUGUAAAAACCAGGCAGUGGGAGCUGUCACCCCAUCCAACCGUCAGCUGCCUACCAGCAAAAGAGGUGGGAGCGUACACAGGCCGCUCCUCGGGCUACUGCCAAAAAGUACCUCACAGCCCCAUGUAGUUCAUUCCAGACAGAUAACCAGAAAGCAAACCCUCACUUCCCUUUGGGUAGCCCAGGACCCCUCACUGUGGUCCCUAAACCACUAAUCCCCAGGGCAGGGAUGAAGGGCUGGGUUUUCAUCAACCACAUGGGGGCCCAGGCACAGUGAUCACUGUUUGGCGACACUUCCUCUAGAGGACCCCCCCAGCCAAGCCUGUUCCUAUUCCUCACUCCAGGCCCCUCAGAGGACACUGUCCAUGUUGCAUGGAUCAAAACCCCACAGUACAUUAAAGGACUGUGAAACUGUC